ACAAGCAUAUACCUCUGAGGACUCUGGUUCCUCGCUGACCACUCACAUCCAAGCAAAUGGAACCAGAGCCGCCAAUCCUUCUUCCAAAUGCCACUUAGCUGAUUGCCUCCACAAACACAGGGAGGAGGAGAAAGCAGACGUCUCCAAUGGCGAUUUUGGCCCAUGGGUUUUAUCUACCCCCACCCACACGGACACCCAAAUCAUCAAAUCGGAAACUUGUUGGGUAUUCGAGCUCUAUCAUUGUCAGACGCAGAUUGCUGACCGACGGGAACGAAUGCGUGCAGGUUUCCGAACUCUUCACUCCCAAGACUUUCAGGAUCAGAAGCUUUUCUGAGGAGGAUGCAGGAAAUAAUGAGGUUGAAAUAUCUAAAGACAUUCUGGUUGGGGAAGAUGGGAUUUCUGAUGAGCUGCUUGGAAAUGUUAUGAAUGCUGCGGAAAGUUCAUUUCUUGCUAAAAUAGCAAUUGCACUAGGCGUUGCCGCAACAGUGACUCUGAUAUCGGUUGGCAUCAAGGGUGCACCCGCAAUUGGGUCAUCGAAUGGAAUUCAAAUUUUUCCAGAUAGUUCAUCCUCUUCAGUAAUGGCUGCAGCCAAUGUCGGUUUCACUAUCAAAGCUUUUGGGUACAGCAUUGUUCUCCCAGCAUUUGCACCGGGGUGGAUCUACUUUUGGUUGCUUAUGGCUGCAGGCUGUGGACUUUUCAUUAGUGAAGAGGCUCUAAAUAUUUGGGUUGGCAUAUCUUUGGCUCAGAUGCUGUCUUUGGAUGGGACAUGUCAGUCGUUCGCUGAAUCUUUUUCGAGAAAUGCUCCAUAUAUCAUAUCCACAAUUCUUUGGGUGUAUUGGGGAGUGUGCAUCAGUGAUCUAAUACCAUUUUAUCUCGGGAAGCUUUUUAGAAAAUCCAGGGCCUCCAAUGAUGUUCUCUCGAAGCUAGGGAUUGGAAAAGAGAAAGCUUUAAGCAUAACCUCUGCAGUGCAAAAAUAUGGCAACCUCAUUGGUUUCGUUGAACGAUUUUCGCUUGGAGUGAGAAAUCCAACGGCUUUUCUAGCAGGGACCUUGGGCAUUUCUUCAGAGUGUUUCUUUGCUGGAGUUUGUUGUGGCGGUUUGAUCACCCUGCCUCUCCAGUUGUUAAUAGGAUUCUUCCUAAGGGAGCACCCCGUCUUUGCCCUCACUACUGUUGCAACAACAAUUGGCAUUUGGACCAUCUUCCCUUACGCCGUGGCUGCAUCAACGGCAUUAUUCCUUUACUUGAGACGCCACUACUCUACCUAGUCAGAAUAAAUUCCUAGAAAUAGAGGAUAGAAGUUAUAAAAUAUUCGUAUAUACAGAGAAAUUACUGUGAUUAUUCUUGGAGUAAUAUUGAAUACACCUUGUCUCAGAGAAUUAGUGACUGAGGGUUGUGAGGAGCUUAACUUUGAGGCAUUUAUCGCUCCAAACCCUCCUCUCUCUUGAAGUUCUGAGGACAUCCAGUGCCAUAAUUUAGAGGCUAUUCCCAUUUUAGACAACCUCACAUCCCUCCGUGUGACUAUUGAAGAAUGUGAUGGAUUGGCAAGUCUGCCGAGUGGGCUCUCAUCCUGCACAUGUCUUGUCGAGUUAAGAAUACUGUUCUGUGAGAAAUUACAAUCCUUGCCGACAGGUUUACACA